AUGGCCCCUUUCUGGGCACGACAGCCAUAUUUUCAGAUGGGAAAGGGAAAAGGAUACGGCAAGGGCCCACACUUCCAUGGCCCAGGAGGAAAUGGACAACAACUUCUGGCUUCGCGGAAGCCUGCAGGCACCGAUGGAUGGACAACCGGAACCAUUCGCCGCCUCUUCGUCGGGAAAGGCUUCGGCUUCAUUUCCAGAGAUGACUGGCCCAGCACUUCCGGGCGUGGAGAUGUGUUUCUCCACUUCUCGGAUUUGGAGGGCAUAACAUCUGGUGACCUGGCACUGGGGAGUCGAAUGAAGUUCAAGUGGGAGGAGGCCUCUCAGGAUUCACGUGGACCCGGCGGCCGUGCCCGGAUGGUUUGCUUUGUUGAGGAAAGCAGUGGUUCCCCAUCUACACCGCCUCGUCGUGCUGCUCGCACUGGACGUGUCUAUCGCAAGGAUCUUUUCCUUGCUGUGCAGCAGCAGUUGAAAACAGCUGGGGAAUAUGAAGAGCGCAGGCCAUUUGGCACACGCUCCUUGCUGGGGCCAUUGCCUUCCAAAAUUAUGUUUCCUUUCACCAUCACAAUGCCCGACUGGUAUUGGGAAGCAGAAGAUGAGCGUGCUUUGGCCGAAGCCAAUGACGCUCAGCGGCUUCAGAUGUUGGAAGCCCGACUCGAUCAGGAGAACGGGGCGGAUCUCAAUAACGGGGAGACUUUCGGAGACGACUGGGCGUUGCAGUCGUGGUCCUAUGAGGAAGCCUUGGCAGCCAACCAGCGCCUGGCCAAGUAUCACCAGCCUCGGGUUCCGCAUUGGGUGCCACAGCAUGAAGGAACCUUCGUAUUGUUUCGCUCGAAUGAAGAUGCAAGGGAACCCUUCGCGACAAGGCGAUUGCAGGACAAGACGGCCAUGGCGGAUUCUGACUUGACCAAGUCCGUUUUCAAGAGUGAAGAGUACAUAUUUCUGGAUAUUGAGGGUUGGAUGAAGUCGGCAGGGACGGCCAAGGCAGCGGCAAAAGCAGCCCAAAAGCUGGCAGAGGUUGCUCCACCCCUUGAGGAUUUGAAGUUCCUGACCAGCGAGGCGAAUCUUCUUGAAGCCUUCUAUCGGAUUCUUCCGAGUGAUCCAUGCCGUGGAAGACGGCCGGUUCAGGAAGAGAAUACCACUGAUCUUGUUCCACCAGGUAGCUUUCCAAAUCCAUACCUGGCGAUCGACCUCAAUGACAAGCAAGGCGUUUGGCAGAAAGAGAUCGCACUGAGCAAAGCUCUUGGGCAGGAUCCAGCUGUCGCUUGUCGUCACAGAACACAGCAGGGUUUCUUGAGACCAGCGGGGCUCAGGAAUUUGGGCGCGACCUGCUAUCUCAACAGCCUGUUGCAGUACCUGUUCUUUAACUUGGACUUCCGCUACAGUUUCUUGAGGGCUCCGUCUGAGAGCAACGUGGUGGCGACGCUGCAGGAGGUCUUUGCCCUGCUGGCGGAGGCAGAGUCUCUGGUGGUGGAUCCCAAGGACUUCAUCACUGCAGCUCGUGUGGACGCGUUGGAGCAGGCUGACGCCACAGAGUUCAGUGCCUUGCUGCUGGACUGGCUCCAACGUGAACUCAGUGCCAGUGGCGGUGCUGCCUUCAUCCCCGCUCUCUUUGAAGGGGGGAGCUCCACCAUCGUUCAGUGCAGCCAGGAUUCCAGCCACUUCUCAGAGAAGCCUGAGUGCUUUAUGGAGCUUCGCGCAGGUCUUUCCCCCGUGGCCGCCGCCUUAGAGGCUAAAGAGGCCGCAGCCGGGAACCGGAAGUCUGUGCCGAAGUCCAAGGGUGGGAAGAAGGCUGCAAAGAAGCUUCCCACCAUCCGGCUGGAACAGAUUCUGGAGGAGACCGCAUUUCCAGAGGAGAUUCUGGACGGCUCUAAUCAAUGGUUAUGUCCACGCUGUGAUCGGAAGGUGGAUGCCCGACGGAGCACUCGCUUGACGAAGCUGCCGCCCUAUCUGCACAUCACCGUAGAGAGGUAUCAUUUUGAUGUGGACAAGGAGGAACGCAAGCGUUUAGCACAUCCUGUGUCCUUUCCGCGGCGCUUGGAACUGCGAUUGGGUGGAGCACUGGCACGUGGUCGUGAGGCAACAAGCGGAAACGACACUGCAACGCUACCAGUGGCGUACGAGUGCAUCGGCUAUUUGGAACACGUGUCCGACUCUGCUCACAGUGGUCACUACAGAGCUACACUUCUACGAGAAGAUGAGGAGCCCUAUGCGACCGAAGUAGCAGGCUGCGACGCGGCAGAGGUACUGGAAUCCGCAACAAAGAAACAGAAAGUCGAUGGACCAGACGCCGCGGCAGGAGCUCCUCAAAAGCGCAGCUGGUGGCGCCUGGAUGAUGAGACGGUGACCACCGUCACGGAAAAUGAGCAAGCGUCCUGUGACAAAGCAGAAGCGACGGAAGGAGCAGAGCCGGUGCCAGUGGAUCCGGCGAGGAUCGAAUCUGCCACCGCCUACCUGGUGUUGUAUCGCCGCUGCGAUCACGACCCAGGCCAACUUUGCCAGGGUCGCCGGGAGUCGCCACAGAAGCCGCGACGGGGUCCUCCGCUGUCGGAGGAGUUGCAGCGCUGCGUGGAUGAGCACAACACAGAAUUGCGACGACAGCGCAAGGAAUUUGAAUCCAAUUCCCUGGCUGUGGAGCGUUUCGUUGGGGAACGUCGCCGAGCGGUGACGUGCUUGGCAGAAGCCUUGCGCCAGCAUGCGGUGGGGCUGGCAGAAGGCCAACGGCUUGACUUGAGCUUCGUGCCAGCCGUUUGGCUGGAAAGAUUUCUACGUGGCGAAGACCGGACCUUGCAGAAUAUCCUGGAGGGGGAUGCAUCUAUCGUGGCUCCCACCUAUGCGGCUGCGAUGCUCAAGGGGCCGAAUUGUCCUGUGGCCAUCGAUCCCUUGGCCAUUUGGUGUGGGGAGGUGAAGCUGCUUCCAACUGCUGCUUUAGCGCAGGUGGGUGGUCAGCAUGGCGGCUUGGAUUCCUCGACCCUUCUGCAAGCAGAUGAAGCCAUAAACGACGAGGUUGCGCAGCUUGUAUUUAAAGCGUUUAAGCACUUCAGCCGAGAGUUCGAGCUGAAGGCGAAGAUUCAGGGGACGAGGUAUAGCGUCACGGAAGUUCGCAAUCGAGUGGAGACGGCUGGUCAGGACCCGAACAUUGCGGUGUGGGUCUCGCAACGACAGUUGAAUCGCUGGAGAAAGGCCGUGGGGGAAGCUCCCGACCUGUCACCGCAGCAGCUUUGGCGGCACUUCGUGCAAGAGGUGCGCGAGUACAGAUUUGGUACUCCGAUUGCCGAUGGUGCAGACGAGGCAUCUGAUGAAGAGGUGGUAGCUGGAGAAGCACCCACAGUGGACGUGCCACCUGAUGUGAAAGAGGUCACACUUCCCAAAGUGAAGCAGUUGACAUUCCUUGGAGGCCUACUCUGUUCACAUGGCUUGGUCUGCCGACCACGUGCUGCAGCACUGGUCAGUCGUGCAGACCUGGAAGAGCUUUUGCAGGUCUCCGAGGAAAAAGACAGGGCCUGUCGGGCGCUUUGGGGCGCUGCUUCCAUGCGACCCAGGCUCCGGAGCGGGCUCCGGGAUAACGAGCUCCUGUCCUUUGGGGCCGUGUGCAAUCAGUGCCGUGGAGCUGUAGGUGGUCAAGAGGAGGCAAAGCGAAAAGCAGCUCCGCCAAAGCAGGCCAAGCGGAAAGCUGGUUCAAAAGAGGCCGAGCGAGAAGGAUCUGCGUUCAACAACAGCGUGUUUUUGUCUGCAAAGACCAAGGACAUUCCAAUGGAAAUUGUGAAGGUAGACGAAGAUGCGGAGCCGCCACUUCUCGAAUGA